AUGACGCUGUUGGGAAAUUCGCUGGAUCAGGAUCUUAUGUCCAAUGUCACGGAGCCAGGUGUCGACCUCGCUUCAAACCAUCAUAGCGACGGUCAGCCAGGCUUACGUGAUGGUGCAGAACAGCCAUGGAUGGAGAUGAUGCACGCGGAUGUACAGCAAGCUUCGAGUAUACAAGAUUCCGAGGUCCAUGCGCCGAACACACAAGACACAGGCACACAACACAUAGAUACACAAGACACAGACGCACAAGACACAGACAUUGAUUGGUUAGACAGUGAAGCCUCAGACAACGAAAAGUCAGACAGUGAAGAACCAAUCAACACAGUGUCAGAUACGAUAGAGACAGAAGAGCGAUGUACACAUGCACCGAGUGCAUCCCCAGCAGGCCGCGUAACCCAGCAGUUGACAAAAAGCACAUAUUCUAUGGCGCCGUCUUCGGAAAGGAUUAAUAGAAUCCACAGCCCUCCCUCACAGAGCCUGUCGAAGAGAACCAAGUCAACUCAACAAGUGGCAGUACUUCCUGGGAGUGAGGAACGGGGGAUAACAGACGGGAAUCAAAUCGCACCAAGCAUAGACAAUAUUCCUGAGCAGAUUCGAUUCUUCGAUUUGCACUUCGACAAUGUCUCCAAGGAGUACCGUGUCACGCGCCUCCGGAGAGAUGUUCGCAACUGGCAUGAUCUUCAACCUGAUUCCACCUGUACGUGCCAGGACGAGACGUUCUGGCGCGGCGACCUUGUUCAUAUCAAGCUGCACGGCAAAAGGGAUGUUCGACAAGGAGACGACGUUGCGCGUGUCGAUGAUAUCAGAAUGCUCUCGGUGGAUGAUGAACGAAGACUGGUAUUGAUCACAUGGCUCUACCUUGCCGACGGUCGACUGUACGAGAGCAAUCACUUGCAAAUCGUGCUCUGGGAUACCAUUACACGACGUGCAACCCAGGCCCUAGCCAACAAAGUUCAUCCUCUACAACUGUACAAUGUCUGUGGGGGCAAGAAGUUCUGUUCUGCUGAGCAAACCAAACAAUGGCAUGUGAGGAAGGCAUAUGUGCUCAGCCACGCUGGACAGAAUGAUGAGCACCAGCGUGAACGCACCAUUCGAACCUGGUUCCAAGGUGCCGCCGGAGACGACCUGAACACCAGCUCGGGCUUGCUGGCUCUGACAUCUUGUCUGUUCCCUCAUCGACGGCGCGAUCGAGUGUACGGCUUACGAGAGAAGUCACUAGCCGACAUUGCCAUUCGUACAUGGUCCGUCGGCCACAGUCGUGCUCGACACCUUCAUGAAUGGCAAUCAAGCCAUGGUGCUCCAGACUUUGCUGCUACGGUCCGGACAUUGGUGGAAGAGGGAGGCGAAGUAGCACACGUUCAUGGUCCACCCACGUUAGAAGAGAUCAACCAUGUGCUGGAUCAUUUGGCAUCCGGCUGCCCUUUCUCGUCACCAAAGAUCCGGGCUUCUUUUCAACAUGAGAAUCACAGCCCACGCCAGGGGGUCAUUGAUAUGCUGCAACGGAUGAGUGGCUUGGAAGCAGAGUGGAUGUGCCGUUUGAUUUUGGGCAAUCUGGGUCAAGUUCAAUUGCCUGAAGAGCUCGUAAUGAAUUUCCUCCAUCCUGCUCUUGGGACCGCGCUUCAAGUACACGAUGGACUCGUUGACGCAGUGGCGCUGAUCAUGACUCCACGGGGAGACGGAGAAUCAAGUAUGCAAUACCAGCAUACGUUAAAAUGGCGACCACAGUUGGGCACGGCCAUCCGUCGUCCAACAUUCGAAAAAGCCCGAAGCAUCCAGCAUUGUCGUCGACUGCUGGGACGACAACCGGUUUACGUUGAGCGAAAGUAUGACGGAGAAUACUGUCAGAUCCAUGUUCGCCUCCUGCCGGCAGGGUACGCAGAUAUCAAGAUCUUCUCCAAGAGUGGACGGGAUUCGACCGCAGAUCGUACAGCACUCACCCCUACAAUUCAUCGGUGUCUUAACAUCGGAAAUCGAGACUGCCAAAUCAACACGAGAUGUGUACUGAUUGGUGAGCUGGUGGUCUGGCAUGAUGCACAACAGGACAUCAUGCCGUUCUACGAAAUCCGCCGAUACAUUCUGCGGGCUGGUCGUCAUCUUGGUUGUGGCCGCGACUCACCUCCGCUAGCGGAGGAGCACCUGAUGAUCGUGCUCUUCGAUUGUUUCCUCCUUGAUAACGUCGAUUGCAUAUUCGAACCGUAUAUGCAACGACGAAAUCGACUCGCAUGUGUUGUGCGUCCUGUGCCAGGACACGCUGUGAUCGCGCACUACCUGACGCCUUUCGACGUGGCGGCCACCCCUCACAUUGAGUCUGAACUUACAGGCCAGCCUCCUCCCACCGCCAUUUUCAUGCGUCCUCUCGUGGUCGAAGUGGUGGGGGCCGGUUUUGACCGUUUGCCAAACUCACGAUUCGAGAGCCUCCGGUUCUCACGUGUGGUCAAGAUUCACCUGGACCGAUCAUUCAGAGAUGCUGUGACUAGUGAGCGAUAUUGGCACAUGGCCGAGAAAAGUCAACACGGUGACAUCAACGGCGAUGGCGCUAGCUUCCAAUACUGGCUAUCUCGUAUGACUGAAUGCGUCAAUCGUCCGGACACCUCGAGAUAUGCAUCACGAACUGCUUCAGGGUCGGCAAAGUCAUCAAGGAAACGAUACAGAGAGAUCGAAGAGGUAGGAGGGGUCAAAUGA